AUGUCGGUAGCUGACAAUUUGCACGAAAAAUCUCCAGACAUCGGUAAUGGCAGCGACGAAUCGGAGUUCGCAGUCGAUAUCAGUGACAAAAUUUCACUAUCAAUGGUAAACGAAAAAUUGGAUUUAUUGCUAACGAAAUUCGAUCAAAUGGAAACUUCAAUGAACAGUCUUGAGAGAACUGUUGAUAUAUUAGUAAACAAACAAGUGGCAAUUGAUCUAACUGUAGCACAAUUACAGAUAGAAAAUGCUGAUAAAUCAGUUAGUAUAAUCAACACGGAAAAAUGCUGCGCAUCAAUUUUGGAAUUGAUUGAAGAAAGAGCUUUGUCAUUUGAAAAUGCAAUUCGACAUGCAUCGGAUGAAAUCAAAGAGCAAAUGGCAAGUUCGAUUCCUGUUGGUGCAGAUGCAAUACAAAGUAUUAUUACAGACGAGUCGAUACUUGAACUUUUACAACAACAAAAAACAACAACCGCAUCAGCGCCCGUAGCAGUAACACCAAAUAAAAUGAUUCUCCUCGAAAAUGAAGUUUCAUACUCACGCUACGAUCUUGAAUUAUCUUCAAAUCUUAUAUCAAAAGCACCAGGUGGUAUUCGCUUGGAUAGUGAUGACUCGCCUUUAUCAACGCCAGUUGAUGAGAAUCAGUCGUCAAAGAGGCGAAGAAGUGAUGCACAGAUUUCGACUGAUGUGUCUAAAAACUUGUUUCCAUCAUUGGGAAUUUCAAAUGGUCCACAGAUAACUCUUACUGAUCCCAAUACACAGAAAACAUUUUACGUUAUGAAAGACAAGCAUGAUAGACACCAAGUGGCAACAAAUCAAGAAUUGCUGAAAAAAGAGACGGGAUUCCGUCAUCUUUUAGCUUAUCUAUUUUCAAGUUUAUUUACAGAAGAAGAGCUAAAAUUUUCAUCAGUCGACGGUUCUGUUCGUGGCACAAAAGCAUUCGAUCCAGCAAGAGUGGAUGCUAUUGAUAAACAUUUAUUUGAUCUAUAUGGAGCAAGAUAUACAAAGUUUCGCAUAAGUAAUCAAUACAAAGACAUACUGAAUAAAAAAUGCAGUCGAAUAAGAACAAAAUUCAAUAAAAUUAUUGCGAAUAAAUAG